GGCCCCGGCCCCGCCGCCGCCGCCGGGAGCCGGCAGAUCCGGGUCUCGUGGCGCUGGCUGACGUGGGAGCCGGCCCGGAGCAGCGGGGCCGAGCCCGGCCGCCCCAGACCUCCUCAGCCUCCUCUUCUCCUCCUCCUGACACGGCGGCCGGAGCACGGUGUUCACAGACAAGUUCAGGUUUAUCCAGAGAACCAUGGCAGAAGGUGGAUUUGAUCCUUGUGAAUGCAUUUGCUCACAUGAACAUGCAAUGAGAAGACUGAUUAAUCUGCUGAGACAAUCACAGUCGUACUGCACAGACACAGAAUGCCUUCAGGAAUUGCCAGGACCAAAUUUCUCCAGUGACAAUGGCAUCAGCUUUGCCAUGAUAGUGAUGGCCUGGGUUGUGAUUGCAUUUGUCUUGUUCCUACUGAGACCUAGUAAUCUGAGAGAUUCCAAUACAGCCGGAAAGCCCACCAGCCCACGUCAUGGACAAGAGCCACCAGCCCCACCAGUGGACUAGAGCUUUCAGGAUCAGAAAAGUUCAGCAGCUAAAACCUUGCACGACCAAAUGGAUGAAGUGACCAGAUUACUCCAAAACCCCAUUCAAUACUGUUCUUUUCUCAUUUAUAUAGAGCAGAAUUCAGCAGUUAUCUACAUGAGCUGCUUUUAGCUACUUCAAUUUUAAGUAAAUUUUUGCUUUGUAUGUUACUACAGUUCCUGGUAGGUUAUAAUUUGAGUAAUGAUAAGGCGUUGCAGGGUUUUUUUGGUUGUUACCGUAACUGUGGACAUUCCACUCUGUCUUGUUACAGUGAUCUUAAUUUCUUUGCAGUGGUUUCUGAUAUGCGUUGAAAGAAAAUGAAAAUCCCUGUGCAUCUGUAAUAAUGGAAAAAAUUACUGAUCUUUCUUCAAAUUAAUCCAUAUUUUUUUUCUCCAGUAUACUUUUGAGAGUUAUAUUAUGGUUGCAACUAUUAGCUUAGUUGUGCUGUGAAAAAAUGAAAUUAUUUUAUAUUUGCCCUGGGUUCAGAGCAGCUUUUAGCCUGGUCUUUGGACUGCUAAUAUAGUUUUCAGGAUUGUUGGCAAAAGCACGGAUUUUCCACUAGAAUUAAACUGUAUGUUUGUGUGUGUGUGCAAAGAAGUGAAUGUGAUAUAACUGCUACUGUCAAAUUCUUGACAUAUGUAUUGGGAACUGUACACAAAAUAUAUUACCACCAAAAAUGAAAUUAAUUUAAUCUUCUACUUUAAUAAAUGAUGCAUCUUAUUCAAUAUAUUUUCAAAAAUAUAUAUUCCAAAAUCAGAUUUAUUUACUUAUAGACUUUAUGAGAAGAGAAAUCUAGUGAGAAGAACUUGGCAGAAUUUUCUGUCCUGGUAUAGUCAUUUAAUAGUCAUUAUUUUAAGUUCUUAGCCAUGAAGUAAUGUAUAUUGGGCAGGAUGAAAUCAUACCAAGAGGUUACCAACUUCUGGUAUGCAACACGUCCUGGAUGUUCAGUUUUUUCACUUGUACAUUAUCAGCAAUUCCUAACAUUUCAUUCUUAUCUACUGGUUGUAAUUGUAGAAUAACAAAAUUGCAGGUGACUACAUAUGGCAUGUCUAUUCCCGCUACUACUUGUGCGUAUGUGUGGUGUGUUUAUGUGUGUGUAUGUGUGGCUGUGCACGUACUGGUGCACAUCUCCCAUUGUAGCAAAUGGGAAUGACUUUUUUAUGUACAUUAAUUUAAGAACAUUUUAAAGAUGUACAGAAAAGCAACACUGUAUAUUUUUCUUGAUCAAUAUGAAAAAUUGAUGAGAAUAAUGUAAAGAACAUUUUUAUGUUACCAACACGAAGCUUCUUUCCAUAAAGGUCAGUAGAACAGGCAGAUGGGAAUUCAAGGCCUUACUCUAGAAACCUUAUUUCAUGAGGACUUUAGUUACAGAGCUGAAGGUGUAUAAAGGUUUGUAUUAAUGGGCUCUAACAAAAAUCUCAUAUCAAAUCCCAUGGUUGACAGGCACAGGGUUUCCCUCCUCAGGGUAAACAGUGGGCCAGCUAAGCCUCCUUGCAAAGGUGCAGUGUAGGCCUGAAGAAAGGCUUCUCUAGUUUGAUGUAAUCGCCCUUUGAAUUUCUGUGGAAUAGCGUGCUCCUAAGCACAGGAGCAUGAAUUAAAAAUCAAACAUAUGAAGAAAAUUGGGCCAGGUGCUCUCAUUGACAUCCGUGCAUUGCUCUGUAAAGCAAUGGAGAUGCAGCAGAGAAACUGAGUUUGUCCCGUUGUGUCUGAUGGUUCCCAGGCCACAAACACUGUGUAAAGAUGUCACUGGGACAAGCGGUCUGACUGUGCUUGCUUUUUGCCUUGUAUGUUUCUGUUUGGAAUACUUUUUGGAACAAAGCUAGUAAUACUGCCUCAUUUUGUUGAACCAACAAGAAAAUAUGUAUCUACUACACUGACCUUUUCCCCAAGAAUUUUUGGCCAGAAUCCUUUACUACUGGAUGCAUAAAACAGGCUUCCAAUUGAUUUAAAAAUUAAAUAAAUAAAUAAAAAUGAGACAGGCUUCAUUUCAGCCAGAGCGAGCCACUCCUCAUCCUGCUGGACGUUAGUGAGAUUUACAGCAGAUGCUCCUCACUCACGAGGAUCGUUCUUGCUUUAUGUAAAUGUCUCUGGAUGUAUUUGUAAAACUCACCACAUGCUCCCUAGCGGUCUUGGCAAAUGAACUUUCUGUUCAGAGUAACGUUGUGUUUUACAUUUAAAUGAACUGUCUUUGCUUGAAAUUCCUCUAAGUAAUUGUCCCAGUGAUUUUAUACCUGUAUGCUUUCCUCAUGUAAAUUGCUAUUUUAAAUUUUCUAUGUAAAAGAAAAUCAUUGGAAUAUUUUAUUGUGAAAUGUUUUACUAAAGAGCCAGGCCACUAUCCCAAAUCAAAAUGUAUGCCUUUUAAAUUCAGAUACUCUCUCCAACACACAACCUCCAGAUCACCACUCUUAAUGAAAAGUAACUAAUGAUGGGACUGUAUUUUGCCACUCUUAUUCAUGUUAAAUAGUGCCUUACUCACCCAGUAGUUGCACUGAAGCUUGUGGGACUACUCUGAGAUAAUGUACUAGUAGCAGCUUUGGUAAGGGUGGCAGAAAUCUGUCCUUCAGUGAUGUGGUUUGCUGACAUAAGUGUAUCAUGAUUACAGGUGCUUAUGGUAAAUUUUGAAAAGAAGCGUGGAAGAGAUUAGUGGGAUGUGAAGCUUCGGGAUAUAAUUAAUUCUCUAAUAACGGUUUUAAGCUCAGAUAGUAAGAGACACAAGUUGUAGCAACUUGGGAAAUAUGGAGGAAAGUUUACAAUUAUACCUUAGCUUAGAACUUCGUUAAAACAAUAGUAUUUUUAGAGUCUGCUUAACACAAUUACUAUACUCUGAAAUGAGAAAUCAAAUGUAUUCAUGUAUUGUCUGCCGAUCACUUAGCCUUGUAAUGUUCAUUAUUGAAAAAGGAAGAGUGAUGAUGUGAUGUAUCUAAUGUAAAUCAGUGGUUUAAAAUGUCUGAAUUAUGCCAAACAAAAAAUCAUCUGUGCCAUUUGCGGUUUCCUAGUAAUAUUUUACUGAAUACUUGGAUUGGGAUAAAGGGCUUGUACUAUGCACUUUUUAUUGACUAAACAAAAUAAAUAGCAAUCAUUAGUAA